AUGGGAGUUUGUAUUAGUAAAAUUACGGAGCCUCAACCUGAAAUUACCAUGGAUCCCAUGCCUAUAGUUUAACCUCAAAAGGGAAACCACUUGAUGAGCAGUUUGCCAGCUGAACCAAGAAGAGGGGAAAAGAAACGUUAGGCUAAAAUAGAAGUGCUGGAAGAAUAGAUACAUGAGAAUGUUGUAAAGCAGCCGAAAGAAAAAUCUCCUUUUGAUUUUCAGAUGAUUUUGAAUGCCUUUGGAAACCAUUUUAUGUUUGCUCAACUCGAUAAUAAUGAUAAAGCUAAAUUAAUUGAUGAUAUGUAUUACGUUACGGCCAAGAAUACAGAUUACAUUUUUAAAUAGGGGGAUAAAGCUACAUUAUUUUUUAUAAUUGAAAGAGGAGAUUGUAAAAUUAUCAUAAAUGAUGAAGUAAAGAGAGUAUUGAAAACUCCGGCGUUUUUUGGAGAAUUGGCUUUAAUGUAUCAUGCACCAAGAUCUGCAUCAGUAUAGGCAUUAGGUGAUUGUGGAUUUUGGUCAUUGGAAAGAAAGAAAUUUAGAAAAGCUGUUGAGGACAUUCAAUAAAAAGCGUACGAGACAAAUAGGAAAUUCUUGGAUCAAGUUAAAUUUUUUGACUUCAUGACUGAGGAAUAAAGAGACAGCAUAGCAAAUGUGUUGAUAACAUUGAAAUUUAAGCAGGGAGAGAUAAUUGUUAAUGAAGGAGACAUGGCUAACUCAUUCUAUAUUAUACAAAAAGGGAUUGUUUCGGUCACAAAGUAGGGAUAGUUCUUGAGAUACAUGAAUUAAGGAGAUUCUUUUGGAGAAUAAGCUCUUUUUGGCAAUUGUGUAAGAGGAGCAACUGUGAAAGCCAAUGAGGAGGAUGUGAAUCUGUUAUCGUUGAGUAGAGAAGAUAUUACAACUAUUCUGGGAGAGAAGAUUCAGUUGAUCAUUUAUACAAAUAUGCAGAAAUGGGCAUUUGAAAAACACCAUUAAUUAAGGGAUCUGACUAAGAUGCAAAUUUAAAAGAUAGUGUCAAACUUUAAAAUUAAGACUUAUGAAAGUAAAGAGUACUUAUUCUCGAAAAACUAAAUGAUAGAUAAACUUAUUAUUAUUCUUGAUGGUUAAUUAGAGUUUGAUGGGUAACUAUAUAAUAAUGGUCAAUUAUUUGGGGACACAUUCCUCCAAGUUGAGGAGUCCAAGAGAAAAAUUAGUUCAGAUAUCUUAACCACUCGUAAAACUACGUUAUCUGUACUCCCUUUUAAAUAGUUCUUUGAAUGUAUCGGAGGAGAAUUGGAAACUGUCGUUAAGAAAAACAAGGACAGGGCUGGUUCUUCAAGCCUGUUAGAGAAACGUUAGAAAAGCAAUUAUUCUCUGCUUACCUUAGAAGAUUUCAUUGGAUUGCAACUUUUAGGAGAAGGCACUUUUGGAAAUGCUUAUUUGGUUAAGGACAUCCCUCAACAAAAUUUGCAUGUCAUGAAAUGUAUUCCAAAAGUAAACAUUAUUGCAAACAAUACUGAAAGACAUAGGAAAAAUGAGAAACAAGUUUUGGAAUUAUUGAAUCAUCCCAGUCUGGUCUGUUUUCAUAGAUCAUUUAAAGAUUAAAAUUAUAUAUACUUAUUGACAGAGUAUGUCAAGGGCAAAGAACUAUUCGAUGUUAUCAGAGAUCUCGGUUUGCUCAAUUCUUACGAGACUCAAUUCUAUGUUGCUUAGAUGAUUAAUAUUUUAGAAAAGCUUCACUCCUAUCACAUUAUAUACAGAGAUAUAAAGCCAGAGAACUUUAUCGUAAUGGAAAACGGGUACUUAAAACUUAUAGAUAUGGGUACAGCCAAAGUCUUGAAGUCCAGAGCAUCUAAGACUUACACUAUUGUUGGCACACCUCAUUACAUGUCUCCUGAAAUUCUGAAAGGCAAAGGUUACACAUUCUCCACUGAUUUGUGGUCUUUGGGAAUUUGCUUUUUCGAAUUAAUGUGCGGAGAGGUUCCCUUUGCAGGCAAUGAAGAUGAUGACCCAUACAUAAUCUAAGAAGCCAUUCUCAAUGGGCGAGUCGAGUAUCCUUAGUUUUUGAAAGACUUUAAAGCCAUUAAACUGAUGGAUCAAUUGAUGAAUAGGACACCCGAACUAAGAUUAGGUGGAUCAUAUGAUGCUCUCAAAGUUCAUUCUUGGUUUGAUGGAUUUUAAUGGGAAGAAUUAGAAAUGAUGGAAAUUAAGCCUCCACACAUUCCGAAACUUUAACAACCGAAUUAUUAAGAAAUUCCUUUCCUGGAAAUGAUAAAAAGAGAUACAUGUCCAGAAAUGAUCUGCACAGUGACAGUAGAUUGGGAUUAGGAAUUUUGA